AUGAAAUAUUAUGAUUCUUCUGUUGAUUGUAUGGUAAUGAAAAGUGUGGACGAAGAACAGCAGAAGACGACGCCGGGAGCUAUUCGAAGAAUUGUGGCCGAAUUCGAGGGAAAUGGUGGGAUUUUAAGGAGAAAAGAUGAGGGAUUUAAGCGACCUAUAUUACCAGGUAAAUAUUGAUUUUUUUUUCUAAUACAAAGAAAUCUUUUUUGGGAAAGUUAGCCUAACUUUGUAGCUGUUCUUCAUGAUUCAAAAAUCCAAGACUCGCUUUUUUCAGCUCCUCGCUCACCAUUACCACCAGUUCCACCACCACUUCAUACAAAACCACCGAUCUCGCCACCAGCGCAAUUCACCCGAAGCGCUUCGACUUCUGAAGUUGGCCUUAGGAGAAGCGCUGGCCCGAAACCGAAACUUGCUCCAAAACCAACACAUUUGAAUGGAUUGGUAAGGGUUUUUGUGGGAAAUUUGUGAAAAAAAUUAAAAAAGAUCUCUGGGCUCAGUUAUAGAGAUCUACAUGAUGAAAAAUUGUGGAAAUUCGGUGAAAAAUGAUUCUAGCAAAGUUCUUUAGCCUCAAGAAGUUAGGUUUAUUUCGAAAAAAUUAUUUUUUUUUAACUGAAAAUCUCUUGAAUGUUCCCUAAUGGAAGGUGAAAACUUGUAAAAUGAUUUUUCAAUAGGCUCAUGUGCCUUUAAACAUAAAUAUGAAUGUUUGUUUUUUCGGCGAAAAAAAUCACAAACCCCCCGAAUUUUUUUUUUGAAAAGUUUGGACAGCCGGUGGGGAGGAGACUAUCGAUUUUCACCUUGAUUUCACUUUUUUUUCCUCGUCCUGGUAGGAAUAAUCCGACAAUUUUUGACUCAUCAUUUUUAGUUGCCUUUUUUGUUGAGAGAAAAAAUACGUAGUAUUUUUAUUGUUGUUGCGAUGAACCUUGAGGUUUGUUUUUUGGAAAAUUUGAAAAAAAAUCGAAAAUUUCUCGAAUUUCAUGGAUUCUAGGUCACAAUUCAUACAUUUCACGUUUAAAAAAAAUCAUCCUGGUUCUGAAACCUGAUUCAAAUUUCAGCCCAAAAUUUGAAGUUUUUAUUGGCUCUUAUAGGUUUCCUAAAAAUUCUUCCAAAAUAUUUAAAAUUUCUAGGUAAAAAAAAUCCGUUUUUCAUGAAUUUUCUCAAAGCCCAAGUCAAUUUUCAUCGAUUUUUUUCAAAAACUGAAAUUCCAGCUACCUUCCACUUCAACAUCUGCUAUUCCUGAUCUCCCACCGAAGAUUCUAGUGUCACCAGUUCCAUCAAGUAUGUCACAAGCUGAUGAAGAUGAUGAUUCUCUUGAAGUUUUCACUGCGGAAACUGUGGGUUUUCUUUUUUUUUCAAUUCAAAGGAAAACUUCUAAAUACUCUCCCAUUUUCACAAAAAAAGAAACAAAAGGAUUAGUGUUGUUCAUUUGACCUUUUGCAGGGCGAAGAAGAGGAAAAUGGCAUCAAAAAUCGCGCAAAAAUGCUGGAGGAUUUAGGAUUUGUACCAAGAAGUCAACAACAGCUUGCGAUCAAUGGUAAUCGAUCUCGCCCAGUUUCCGAAGUUAGUGAUGAUUUUUUCGACGAUGGAGAUACGACGGCUUCAGAAGAUGAAGAUCGGAUAAGUCGAAUUAGCAGAAGACGAAGUAAUAUUGGGGAAGAAUUGGCGUUGCCCAGGAAUGAAAGGAAGAAUACUGCGUGUACGACAACACAUUCGGAGAUUAUGAAUGAGUUACAGGAACUGAUGAAUAGUCAGAAUAAAAAACCAUCAAAACUUCGACGACAAUCGAAUUUGGAUGGUCGUGAAAUCCCGGCGGAAAUUGGAAAAUUGCGAGAUAAAAAGACUGGCCGACACAAUUCAUUGUUUGUUGGCUCGUCUGAUUUAUCCGAUAGUCAUCUAUCACGAAUCACCACCAAUAGUAGUAUUAUGAGCGAUCGAAGUAGCACACUAACGAAUACGAGUGGAGUUGGAGAGGUUCCGGAUUAUUAUACGGGAGAUGAGGAGGAGGAUAAACGAUUGAAGAAGUUGCAUUAUGCGGCGAUGGAGUUUCAGAAGGUUCAGGGCAAUUUUGUCAAGUAUUUGAGUGAGUUUUUUUGGGGGGUGGAGCUGCGCGGAAGCUUGGAAAAUCCACAUGGCAUUUUUGCCCCGAAAUUUCGAAUUGAUCAAAACAUUAUUAGAAAGAUUCCACGUGGCAAUUUUGACCCGAAAAUUCUAAAUUUCAAAUUUAAAAAUGACGCGAAAAUAUCCACGUGGAAAUUUCGCGUAAAAAAUUAAAAAAAAAAACCACGCGAAGUUAUCCACGUGGAAAUUCGUGUUUCUUUAGUUUUUUGAAAAGUCAAAAAAUUUCGAAAAAUUAGUUGCCACGUGGAUUUUUCUUCAAUACUUGAUUUUCAAAUGAGUAUUUUUUCCUCAAAACAUUUGGUUUUCGAUUUGAAAAUUUUCCUUUUAAUUUUUCACAAAUAAAUCAGAAGAAAAACGGCAAAAUCAGGCCACGCCCUCUUUUCAGAAAAAAAACAGUUUUUUUUUUGUUCUAAAAUUUUCAACAACAUUUUUUCCAGCUGAAAUGGCUUAUUCUUACCCGGAUUAUAUGGAAAGAUUUGGAAAAGGAAUCGGAAAAGACCUAUUGCAAAAUGAUAAUGUUGUUCUACAAAUCAAAAAAGUCCUACUUCAAAUCCUACCGAUUCAUAAAAAUAUUCUCGAUGAAAUCAAUGGUGUUAUUUCGAAUUGGAAUUCUGAAACUCCAAAUAUGGCGAAUACAAUAAAUCGAUAUGCGGAAUUUCUGAAAUGUUGUCAACCAUUUUUGGACCAUAAAGCUGAAUUCACUGCACAACUUCUCGCUUUGCGAAAUGAGAACAAGGAUUUCGAUGAUGCGACUUCGCUGUUUGAAACAGAUAUCUUUAAACGAGGCAAGAAGGGUGCAGUUAUUCAGCAAUUGGAUCAAGUUCAUCAGAAUUUUAUGCGAUUCAAAUUGUUGAUGUUGAGAUAUUCGGAAUAUUUGAAAGAUGAGACGGAAGAGAAGAGGAUUGCAUUGGAGACGAUUGAGAAAUUGGAACGGGUGACGCAGGCGGUGAAUCAGAAGAUGGGUUUGCCGACAACGGAGGAAUUGACCAAAUUAUAUUAUCGGUUUCAGGUUGGAAUUUUGUGCAAUUUGAAUCUAGAUUUGAUUCUGAAAGUCAUCUUGAAACAUCUGAAAGUUUUUGAUUUGGUUCAGUUUGUAGAGCUUGAAAUUCUGUACAAAUACAUUUUAAACUCGCUUCUGAAAAUUUAGGCUUCUGUGAAAUUUUUAAUGUAAAUUUCUGUUUUCGGCUUCAUUUCCAGGGGUUUCAAGAUUUUUUUUUUCAAAUCCAAGUUUAUCCCAAUUUCGAAGAGCUUGAGAUUCUAUACUUUUUGAGUCUAAAUUUGAUUCUGAAAAUAUCUGAAAAUGGGGUUCGAAGUUUCUUUUUAUCUUUCAAAAUCCACGUGGCGAUUUUUUUUCAAAUUUGAAUUUCUGGCCUUAAAAAAUGUACAAUUUUUAUUUGUAAAUUUCUGAAGCUGAUUUCCUUGAGCCAAAAAAUCUGAAUUUUUUUUUCAGUGCCAAUUCAAUGUUUUGGAACCGGGCCGAACUCUAAUCCGACAAGGAGAUGUCAUGAAACAAACGCGCAAAGAAGAACAACCUCGAUAUCUCGUAUUAUUCACAGAUUGUCUAUGGAUUUGUCGAGUUGGAUCAACACGUGGAUCGCAUUUCGAAAUGAAUCGAUCAUAUCGAAUACCAUUGGAAGGAAUACGAGUCGAACAACCGGAUCAUGAAGAUUAUUCGAGAUAUUUGGUGAUAAAAAGUAAAGUGAAAAGUGCUGUAGUGAUAUUUGGAACUGAAAAAGAGAGAAAUCAAUGGAUGGAUGAUAUUCAAAAAGCGACUUAUGAUCGAAAAUCGUAUCGAAGAAGGCAAUCUGAAGCGAUUGAGAAACAUGAGAAGAAUCUGAGAACAUUGCAUAAAUCAAGGAGAUCGAUGAUUGGAAUCGAUGAAGAAGAAGUGGAGAGACCUUGUGAAUUGGGAGAGGAAAGAUCGAGAUCGACGUCGAGGAGUGGGGAUUCAGGUGGUGAUGGAGGAUUUUCGAGUGUUCCGAUGACACCAGCUGGUGAGUGUUGGGGGGGGGAAGAAUUGGAAGAAAGCUUAGCAAUUUUUCUGAGAUCUCUGAAAAUCAAAAUGAGUUCUCAUAAGAAUCCUGAAUUUUCUGAUACCGGAUCAAGCUCCGCCCCUUUCUGCAAGCCUGGCACAGUUUGUCUUCGACCGCAAUCCACCAAAAUUGUGCCAGGCUUGCAGAAAAAUUGCGGUUUACACUUUUCCAAUUUUCCAGAAGUCGAUGAUUGCCAAAACAGUCCUUCGUCAAGCGGAAUGAUGACAAUCGGACCGCCCAAAAAACAAACUUCCGAAGUCAAACCGGUCUGGCUACCUGACAACAUCUCAAGUGAAUGUCUCAUGGAAAAAUGCUCGACCGAAUUCAGUUUGAUCAAUCGGAGACAUCAUUGUCGAGAAUGUGGAUGGGUGAGUUGAACUUGAAGUUUUCCCGAAUGAUCUUCUCCUUUCAGCUGAUAUGUAAGAAUUGUAAAGGUCAAGCGCCAUUGUCGAAGUUUGAUUAUAAGAAGCAAAAUGUGUGUCCGGAAUGUUUUGAUAAAAUUGACAAGUUGUGUAAGUUAAAGCAGAACAUUUUUUUUCUCAUACUGGCUAUUUUCAGAUAGAGAUGGUGUUUUGUUCCCAACAAGUCGAUUGAUUACAAUGAGCGAUGGUAGAUAUUUGAUUCGAAUCGGAAGAAAACAUGAAUCGGAAGCCAUCGAACCCCAGAAACUCUUCAAAAAUCCAAUCAAUUAUGGAUUCGAGAAACGAAACAUCGAUAAAAAGCGAGAAUUGGGAACAUUCGGCAAAAUCUACCUUCGAAAUCGAAAAAACGCCGAAGUUGUUCGACACGCCCUAUUUCGAACCAAAGAUCUACACCUGGUUUUGUAUAAAGCUGAACUCGAUUCGAAGCCUGUGUUUGAUUUGUUGAUCUAUGGAUAUUCGUUCUGUGAACGAUAUACGGAUAAGAAUAGUUGGAUUUUUGAGUUGAGACAUCGGAAUCAGUUUAAGACGAAUGAUUCGAAAGAGGAUGUGAUUAGAUUUCGGGUGGAUAAUAGUGGCAGCGCUAAUAAGUGAGGUUUUUUGAGGGGAAUUGUGGAGAAUCUGGAAAUUUUUAACUUCUGCCUGAAAUUCGAGGGAAAUAUUGCUGAUCUGAAAAUUAGCAAAAAAAAUUAGAAUUUUGAAACUUUUGGUUUCAGAAAUUCACUUCUAUAAAAUAUAUUCUGAAAUUCUCUUGAGCCCCGAUUCUCAGAAUUUCCAAAAUUUCACUGAAAUUCGAAAUUAGACUCAUUUUGUAGAGCUUGCAAUUCUGCACAAAAUCAUAUUUAAUUUGAAAUGUUGUCUGAAAAUAGGUCUGAAAAACAUUUUUUCAUCUGAAACUUGUCUGAUGCGUUCCAGCUUCUCGGCCAGAAUUUCAGAAUUUUGAAAAUGUUUCGUAGAGCUUGAAAUUGUGAACGAAAUUAUUCUAGAUUCAAUAACUUUUAGUUGAAAUUUGAGUUCUGAAAAUCCCUGACCACAAAACAUUUUGUUCACAGAACUUUUCAAUUAUUCUUGUUUUUUUCCAUGUUUUCAUUUUAUUUUAUUUUAUUUUUUUGAAAAAAUAAUAACAUAAAAAUAAAAAACCAAUUUUCCUAUUCUAUCAAUUUUUCCAAUUUUUCCAGAUGGUCGUCUGCUUUCAAGGAACAUUUGAUGGAAGAAGAAUGUGUCAGUGAUGAAAAUUAA